AUGGUGAGACCAAGAAGGCAAGCUAAUGUGCCCGAAGAUGAGCUAUCCAGGGGUGAAAGAGACGAUGCCAUUGCAAGGGCGUUGAAUAGGAUGUCAGACUUGUACGAGCAGAAUUUCCGACCGCCGCAAGGAGAUCUAAAUAGAGCGGUCCAAGUGGGGUGCACCUAUGAGCGCUUCCUGGCGCAUAGGACUCCUGCCUUUACUGGGGAGGAGGAUCCAAUGCGAGCUAGGAGGUGGAUUCUAGAUUUGGAAAGGACCUUUGAAGUCUGUGGGUGUACUGAGGUCCAGAUGGUUUUGUAUGCAAGUUAUAUGCUACAAGGUGAAGCAGCAUAUUGGUGGGAGACCAAGCGGUCACUCCUAGAAAUGGAGUUCGGAUCCUUGGCUGCUGUGUCCUGGCAGCGGUUUAAAAAGGAAUUUGAUGAUCGAUACUUUCCUGUUUCAGUGAGAAGGCAGAAGGCUCGGGAGUUUAAUAAUUUGGUUCAAGGAGGUAUGACGGUCGAGCAAUAUGCAACGAAAUUUAUGGAGCUUGGACGGUUCGCUCCUCACCUCAUUGCCACCGAAGAGCUGCAGGUGGAGCGUUUUAUGGAGGGUCUGCGCCCUGAAGUACGCAGACAAGUGGCUUGUCUCCAGAUUGUGGAAUUUCAGAAGUUGGUAGACUUGGCCAGUAUCGCAGAGCGCGAGAGUAGCUUUGUAGUGGGCUCCCCUCCAGGUCAGAAAAGACGGAGUUAUCUUGGUGAAGGAAGCAGUUCUGGAUCGCCACAGAAAUUUGUUCAGAGGACCGGGACCCGUCCACAGACAACCUCCGGUGUUCGUGCAGGAGGCCGGACUCCAGUAUGCCCGAGAUGUAGUAGAGCCCAUGAGGGUGAUUGUGGUCAAAGGGGCAUUCAGUGUUUUAGAUGUGGCCAGCCGGGUCACUUUGCUCGGGAGUGUCCCAGUCUAGUUCAAGGAGGUCAAGGUGGUCAAGGAGGACGAGGAGGUCGUCGAGGUGGAAGGGGCAACCAGAGACAGUUGGUACAAGCCCGAGUUUAUGCGGUGACUCCUGGCGACGUGGAUUAUGAGGCUCCAGAGACCCAUGAUGCUGGAGUGAUUACUGGAAGAGUUCGUCUAUAUGAUUUUUAUGCUUGUACUUUGUUUGAUUCUGGGGCGUCCCAAUCUUUUGUGUCUGCCACGUUUGCACGAAUGUGCAAUUUGGUUACAGAACCUCUACCACAAUCCUUAGUUGUGGCUCUUCCUAAUAGCGAGAUCGUGUGUUGCUCCAAGGUUGCUUUGGGUUGUCCUUUGGAUCUUGGUGGAAGGACACUGGAUGCAGAUUUGAUUGUAUUCAAGUUGCUUGGUUUCGAUAUAAUUUUGGGUAUGGAUUGGCUGUAUCGUUAUUCUGCGAAUAUUGAUUGUAGAAGACGAGUAAUUGGUUUUCAACUCUCGGAUGUGGAUUAUUUAGAAUUCGUGGGAAGUAAGUUAAAGGCAAGACCAUCAGUUAUAUCAGCAGUUCAAGCUAAGAGAGAUAUAGCUUGUGGGGCAGAUGCUUUUUUGGUCCAAGUCGUAUCUACACCAUCUGAGAAGAAAUCUUUAGCGGAUAUUCCAGUGGUGGAAGAAUUUCCCGAUGUGUUCGUGGAUGAGUUACCUGGAUUGCCUCCCGUUCGUGACAUGGAAUUUGUUAUUAAUCUGGAACCCGGGGCGGCUCCUGUGCAUAAGGCUCCUUGCCGCAUGGCACCGGCCGAGUUAAAAGAGUUGAAGACUCAAUUGCAAGAAUUGGUUGACAAAGGAUUUAUUCAGCCUAGUACUUCGCCCUGGGGAGCGCCUGUUUUGUUUGUCAAGAAGAAAGAUGGUACUCUCAGAAUGUGCAUAGACUAUCGGGAGCUUAACAAGGUGACUAUCAAGAACAAGUACCCUCUUCCAAGAAUUGAUGAUCUGUUUGAUCAGCUUCAGGGAGCAGCUGUCUUUUCAAAGAUUGACUUGAGAUCGGGGUACUAUCAGCUGAGGAUAAGGGAUAAGGACGUGCCCAAGACUGCUUUCAGGACGAGGUAUGGGCAUUAUGAAUUUAAAGUGAUGUCUUUUGGGUUAGCGAACGCUCCAGCCGCUUUUAUGGAUUUAAUGAAUCGGGUGUUUCGACCCUUUUUGGACUCUUUUGUGGUGGUGUUUCUUGACGACAUUCUGAUUUAUUCCCGAGACUUGGAAGAGCAUGCUUGUCACCUUCGUCUGGCGCUUGGGAAAUUAAGAGAGCAUCAAUUGUACGCUAAGUUGAGCAAGUGUGAAUUCUGGUUAGAAGAAGUUAAGUUUCUUGGGCAUGUGAUUUCUCAAGAAGGGGUGGCUGUAGAUCCUAGUAAAGUAGAAGCUGUUUUGUCAUGGCCUCGCCCUUCAACAGUUCGUGAGAUACGAAGUUUCUUGGGACUUGCCGGUUACUAUCGAAGAUUUGUGGAAGGUUUUUCUCGACUAUCAGGACCUCUCACUGCUUUGACUAGGAAGAAUACGGAGUUUGUAUGGUCUGACAAAUGUGAGAGAAGUUUUCAAGAGUUGAAGAGAAGAUUGACAAUGGCACCUGUUUUGGCACUUCCAGAGCCACACAAGCCAUUUGUGAUUUUUAGUGAUGCAUCCAAAUUCGGGUUGGGAUGCGUUCUUAUGCAAGAGGGACGGGUUGUUGCUUACGCAUCUCGUCAGUUGAAAAUUCAUGAAAGGAAUUAUCCUACACAUGAUUUGGAGUUGGCGGCAAUAGUUUUUGCUCUUAAGAUUUGGCGGCAUUAUCUGUAUGGUGAAUCCUGUGAAGUUUUUACUGAUCACAAGAGUUUGAAGCAUUUGUUUACUCAGAAGAAUCUCAAUAUGAGGCAGAGACGGUGGUUAGAGUUGAUUAGCGACUACCAGUGUGAGAUCAAGUAUCAUCCAGGAAAGGCGAAUCUAGUCGCUGAUGCUUUGAGUAGAAUGUAUCGAGAUUUAAAGAGGAAUUUCUGGUGGGAAGGAAUGAAGUUGGACAUCGCUUUGUUUAUUGAGAAAUGUGACACGUGUCGUCGAGUAAAAGCUGAGCAUCAAAGACCUGCUGGUAGACUCCAACCUCUCCCUAUUCCUGAGUGGAAGUGGGAUGAUAUUUCUAUGGAUUUUGUUGUGGGUUUACCGAGGACUCCUAGUGGGAAGAACUCAAUUUGGGUGAUUGUUGAUCGGUUGACCAAGAGUGCCCAUUUCUUGCCUGUUAAUAAUACUGACUCUUUGGGUAAGUUGACUCGAUUAUAUGUCAAGGAGAUAGUGCGUUUGCAUGGAGUACCCAAGAGUAUCGUGACUAAAAUGGCAGAAGCACAAAGUCGCCAGAAGAGUUACGCAGAUACAAGAAGAAGAGACUUAUCCUUUGAAGAAGGUGAUUGGGUUUAUCUUAAAGUCUCUCCUAUGAAAGGUGUUAAGCGCUUUGGUAAGAAAGGAAAGCUUAGUCCAAGAUAUGUUGGCCCUUUUCAGAUCGUAGAGAAAGUUGGGCUUGUUGCUUAUAGAGUUGCCUUGCCGGAUUAUUUUGGGGAUGUUCAUGAUGUGUUUCAUGUGUCUUCGUUGAAGAAGAGUUUUGGACAGCAAGAGCCACGUUUUGUUGACCCUGAACGCAUUCAACUUCAGCCUAACCUUACUUAUGAAGUUGCCCCGACGCAGAUUGUAGAUCGGAAAGAGCAAAGAUUAAGGUCCAAGACAAUACCUAUGGUG